AUGACCUACACCAAGCUUGACUCUGAGCCUGGAUACCAAGUGGAACGACGUCCUCCGGAGCACUGGCCAUGCGAAGGAAAUAUUAUAUUCCGCAAUGUGUCGAUGACGUAUUACCCGGGGGGACCUCAAGCACUGAAGAACAUCAAUCUUGACAUUAUAGGAGGCUCAAACAUUGGUGUUGCAGGCCGCACGGGCGCCGGCAAAUCAUCUUCUGUAGCAGCUCUACUGCGCAUGCCCGACCCUGGUGGAGAGAUCUUGGUGGACGGAAUUCAGAUAAAGAAUAUUAAUCUCCGAGCAGCUGGAGGAUGUAUAUCCUCUCCUAGCCAAAUUCCAAAAAACAAGAUCGUCAUCUUGGAUGAACCCACUGCACACGUGGAUCCAGGCACAGAAGAAACAAUGUACGGUAGAGCGGUGCGAGAGAAACUGCGGGAUUCCACGGUAAUAACUAUAGCUCACCGUCUGAACACCAUCCGACACUGUGACAAAGUUCUUGUUUUCAAGGAGGGAGAGGUGGUCGAGUCUGGAACAUUUGAUUUGACACGUGAAGACUGA